GACUACUGUAAGUGUGACACCGAUCACGUUUGUUUUGGUCUAUUCUACUCGUGCCUACCGGCUCCACUGCUGAUGACAAAAUAACAUACAUCUUAUGAUCGAUAAUUAACCCGACUAGAUGUUUCCCCUGCUGAUUAUUGUUCACGUUAAACCGGUUUGUAUUCAUGAGCGGCAGUGAGGCCAAUAGGAACGGCACUGGUCAAAUCUACCGGGAGGAAACGUUCUGUCCGUCCGUCGGUGCAGAGUGAUGACAUCAUCAGAAGGUGGGGAUGCGGUGCUUCUGGUUGGAGAGGGGAACUUCUCGUUCUCUGCCGCUCUGAGCCGGAUCGUCGCCAUGGAGACCGAUGACCUAGCCGGUGGGAGGGGUUUGAGGAUCACAGCCACCUGUCUCCAGACCAAAGAGGAGGCACUACGACACCACGGCUCCGCCCACAACAUACACACAAUCACACACUCAGGUGGGGAGGUGCUGUUUGAGGUGGAUUGUACUCGUCUGUCAGAGUGUGUGUGUCUGCGUGGUCGACAGUUUGACCGCGUCAUCUUUAACUUCCCUCACUGCGGUCGGAAGAGUGGCGUGAGGAAGAACAGGCUGCUGCUCAAACACUUCUUCCUCAGCUGUGUGGGGGUGCUGAAGGAGGAAGGGGAGGUGCUUGUGUCUCUGUGCAACGGGCAGGGCGGGACUCCAGCUGACCGACCAAUGAGAGAGUGGCACAACAGCUGGCAGGUGGUCGCCAUGGCAGCAGAGGCAGGGCUCAUCCUGAACGAGGUCCGCCCCUUCGACGGCGAGAAACCUGACGGUUACCAAUCCACCGGGUACAGGAGCCAGGAUAAGUGUUUCCAUGCAGAGCAGGGCGUGACUCAUGUCUUCAGUCGUAGCGUGGCCUGCAGCGCCCCCCAGAGGAAGCACAUGGAGCAGCACGUUCUGGGAGGACAAACACUGGCCUACCACAUACCUGCUGAACUAUCACAUUACAUACACAGGGGUUUUCUCUCUAGUUCUAAUCAUCCCGUCAGGUUGGUUCAGGACUUCCUGGUUCAGGCCCUGGAGAGGGAGUGGCCUGUCUCCAUGGUUACGGAGCCCCUCCCCUUGCUCAUACACUCCUCCCCCCAGAGACUAAAUGCCUGUUGCCCUGAGAUACAAGACACACACACACAUUGCUACUGGCUACACCCACACACACACACACACCACCACACACACCCUCUGAUGAUCCCGUACUGCGUGCUGCGUCCUUCUCUACUGCCUCAGACGGCGAUCCUGAGACGGGAGAGAAAACGCAGAGAGAGAGAGGAGGUUCUGCAUGGCGUGAGCGGCCUAGUCUUUCAGAGAGUUCACAUCAGUCCCUGGUCCCCUCCUGCCUUCCACCAGCUCCUCCUCUGGGGAGCAUGGCCCAAAGCCUCUCAGUCAGUCCCUGACCUGGGACGGAGUCUGGAGCGUCUGCUGACCCGCUACGGGCUUUCCCUGGCUGAGGAGCAGGGGUCGCUGUGGCUGGCGGCCGAGCCAAUGGGACGGCUAGGCCGGCUGUGGGCUGAUGACCUCGCCGAUGGCGUCAGUGUGUGUCUGAACCUUGACCUCCUAGCGUCACUGGUCUACUCCCUACCUGACUGGCGCCUGCUCUGGUCACCUGACCCACGCUUCCUCAACCACUUCCUGCUCCGCCCGUUGCUGGAGCAACCGUUCCGUCCCUUCUCCCUGUUUCCACAGAGAUUUGUUUAUGACAUCAGCUUCUGGGCGGGGUCAGACUGGCAGGAGGCAGAGUUUCAUGCUGUCGUCAGAGAGGCCAGUAGAGAGACGGUAGAGAACGUUACGCUCGUAGACACAUACACACAGACCGACACACACCCUGACCUAACACACACCAGCUACUGUUACAGGCUCACCUAUCGCUCACACACACACGCCCUCUCACAUACACACGCACUCAAACUCCACACACACCUGCAACACCUGCUGUCCACACGCAUGCACCUCACCGUCAGGUAGCGUCCGUCAGGUAGCAUCCAUCAGGUAGCGUCCAUCAGGUAGCGUCCGUCAGGUAGCGUCCGUCAGGUAGCGUCCGUCAGGUAGCAUCCGUCAGGUAGCGUCCGUCAGGUAGCAUCAGGUAGCGUCCGUCAGGUAGCGUCCGUCAGGUAGCGUCCGUCAGGUAGCGUCCAUCAGGUAGCGUCCGUCAGGUAGCGUCAGGUAGCGUCCGUCAGGUAGCGUCCAUCAGGUAGCGUCCGUCAGGUAGAGUCCGUCAGGUAGAGUCCGUCAGGUAGCGUCCGUCAGGUAGCGUCCGUCAGGUAGCGUCCGUCAGGUAGAGUCCGUCAGGUAGCGUCCGUCAGGUAGCGUCCGUCAGGUAGCGUCCGUCAGGUAUCGGGUAGCGUCCAUCAGGUAUCAGGUAGCGUCCGUCAGGUAGCGUCCGUCAGGUAGCGUCCGUCAGGUAGCGUCCGUCAGGUAGCGUCCGUCAGGUAGAGUCCGUCAGGUAGAGUCCGUCAGGUAGCGUCCGUCAGGUAGCGUCCGUCAGGUAGCGUCCGUCAGGUAGCGUCCAUCAGGUAGCGUCCGUCAGGUAGCGUCCGUCAGGUAGCGUCCGUCAGGUAGCAUCCGUCAGGUAGCAUCCAUCAGGUAGCGUCCGUCUGUGUGUGAGAGGUGAGCGCAGUGUUGUAAUAUGCUGUAGCAACACUUUCCAGACAAUGAAGCUGGUGGUUGGUGUCAGGACGGUGUUGGUGUCAGGCUGGUUUUGGUGUUGGUGUCAGGACGGUGUUGGUGUCAGGGCGGUGUUGGUGUCAGGACGGUGUUGGUGUCAGGACGGUGUUGGUGUCAGGGCGGUGUUGGUGUCAGGACGGUGUUGGUGUCAGGACGGUGUUGGUGUCAGGACGGUGUUGGUGUCAGGGAGGUGUUGGUGUCAGGCCGGUGUUGGUGUCAGGACGGUGUUGGUGUGGUGUUGGUGUCCGGGCGGUGUUGGUGUGGUGUUGGUGUCCGGGCGGUGUUGGUGUGGUGUUGGUGUCCGGGCGGUGUCAGGACGGUGUCAGGGCGGUGUUGGUGUCCGGGCGGUGUCAGGGCGGUGUCGGUGUGGUGUUGGUGUCCGGGCGGUGUUGGUGUCAGGGAGGUGUCAGGGCGGUGUCGGUGUGGUGUUGGUGUCCGGGCGGUGUUGGUGUGGUGUUGGUGUCCGGGCGGUGUUGGUGUGGUGUUGGUGUCCGGGCGGUGUCAGGACGGUGUCAGGGGCGGUGUUGGUGUCCGGGCGGUGUCAGGGCGGUGUCGGUGUGGUGUUGGUGUCCGGGCGGUGUUGGUGUCAGGGAGGUGUCAGGGCGGUGUCGGUGUGGUGUUGGUGUCCGGGCGGUGUUGGUGUUGAUGUCAGGACGGUGUUGGUGUCAGUGUGGUGUUGGUGUCCGGGCGGUGUUGGUGGCAGGAUCCUUCCAUCUAAUCUGAUGGAGCCUUCAGAAAGUUUUCUCAGCUCUUGGCUUUUUCCAAAUGUUGUUGCGUUACAGCCUGUAAUUAUUGUGUCACUUGCCUCCACAUUUACCCCACAAUGUCAAAGUGAAAUGAUGUUUUUCCAAAUGUUGUUGCGUUACAGCCUGUAAUUAUUGUGUCACUUGCCUCCACAUUUACCCCACAAUGUCAAAGUGAAAUGAUGUUUUUCCAAAUGUUGUUGCGUUACAGCCUGUAAUUAUUGUGUCACUUGCCUCCACAUUUACCCCACAAUGUCAAAGUGAAAUGAUGUUUUUCCAAAUGUUUACAUAUGAAUAAAAAAUGUAAAGCUGAAA